AUGGCCCUGGUGAAGUUGUUCUUGAAACUCAUAACAUUAAAUCAAGUAAUAUAUCAUAUUGUCAGUGUUAGUGUCGUGUUACUUGAGAUUACAAUUAGCUUAUUCACAUUGUCAGGGAAAUUGGUUACUUCAAAAGCACAUGAAUUGGGGAUAGGAAAAGUGAACCACAAGAUGAAAUUUGCACAACUAUAUGGAGUGUCAGAGGCAAUUUCUUUUGGUUUGAGCAAUGCAUGGUUUAAGGUUAGAAAGUACAUGCCAUUUGGGCCUAUAGAGACUGUUAUGCCAUACCUCUUGAGAAGGGCUGGAGAGAAUAGAGGUGUGUUAGUUGUAUCGGGUUUUGACAGGCAACUGAUGAGGUAA